AUAAUCAGAUUUUCUCCCCCAACCUUCAUUUAAUUUUCCCAGCCCGCCGCAACCUCCACACCGCACCCCCCUCUCUCCUUUCCGCUUCUCCUCUCCUCCUCCCCUUUUACUUCUCCUUCUCUUCUUCAUCUUGUUCUUCUUCUACCUAUACUCAUCUCCAUGCGCAUACCCACGGCUAUGGCGAUUUCCUCGAGUCAUUUCUGGUGACAGCUCCAAUUUCUGUAAUUGGUCCAACUUUUCCCCCUUUAUUCUCUCUAUUCUAGUAAAUAAAUUCGAGAGAACUCUGUACUCUGAAGAUAACGAUUACUAUAUACACAUAUUAGCCAAAUCUGAGAAACAGCCAUGGUUUGUGCAAACGUAUAAUCGAGAUUUGCUACUUUCAAGAAGUUGAAGCGGACGGGCGAUUCCAUUUGUUUAACAUGCGUUUACGAGUGCAUAGUACGUUCAGUUUGCUCUACAUUCUUAGUAUUAUUUUCAAUGGUCGAACUUCCAGCCAGAGUCAAAUGGCUGACAGCAAAUUUCUGAACGUUGGGGAGGAGCUGUUGAGGGAAACCCUACCACUACAAAUGGGUUUGCGCCUUUACCAGCUACAAGGACUCAAACCUUAUACGUGGUAUGAAGUGAAGAUAUCAUAUCCAGCUUCUAUACCGGCUAGCUUUUCCUUACAACUGAAGAGAGGCAAAUCGAACUCGGUGCUGAAUCACUACAGAAGAUUACUCAAUACUGAAAAGCUCAUUUUCAGAACUGAAAGUCUCGAAUCACUUAGCAAUGAGGAUGGUAUCUAUGUGUUGGUGACUGUGGAACCUGAGGGGAUUGUUGCUAUACCACAUGUUCAGGAGAGGCUGUUCAUCAUCUUUAAUAUAGUUUGUGAUGAACUACUGCUGGGCAUCCCGCAUAAAGCUUGGUGGGUUGUGGUCUUGGUGUUUCUUUGCCUUGGAUUGGCAUUCAUCAUUCCAUCUUUUCUUCCAUCAUAUCUGCUGCAGGAGAGCCAAAGCCCACGAAUAAAGCAAAAAUUUCCCAAGGCUUCUUGAAAUUCCGCUCAAGAAAAAUGUUUGGCUCGGAUUUCCCUCCCGUCUUCAUUUGUUGGGGCGCACUUUGCUAUUAGUUCAGGAGUAUAUAAUACUAGCCUAGCGCAGGGUUGGCAAAGUGCGCAGGGUUGCUGUUUCCGAAAUUGAUCGCAAAUGGUUUUUCUUCAGCUUGGGGUGGAAAAACGUAAACCUGCCUCUUGAAUAGGGUUGUACGAAACUGUCCGAGUCGUCCUUCUUACUUUUUCUGAGAGGUAGAUAAAAAUUUACUAAUCUAGUGCUCGACCAUGCAAAUUAA